ACGCCCCAGAUAGAUGAGGCAGAUAUAUAGCCAAGACCUGCGGGUAGCAGAGGAACUGUGAGACAGAUAAUCGCACUUGCUCACCCUCGAGGGUUACCUGUGACACCUUAGCAAUGACAAGAGGGCCCAGCCAAAGGGGGCCACGUAAAGGGAGUUUGGAUGAUAUCCUUUUCGACGGUUUGUAAAAGUUCCCAAGCGCCUGCAGUUUUUGAUGCUUUUCGGCAUUUUGGACUUCCUUUGGAGUUACCUGUGCUGUGAUCGACCGGAGAACUCGAGCGAACCGAGUUUAUUAAUCAACUCUGCAGAUCGGUGCAUGAAACUGAGAGCUGGGCCGCAAUGAGUCGGAGAACACGACGCUGGAUUUUAAGAGUUUUGCUUUGUUUGGGGAUUGUUUACUUGAAAAUUGGUGGUUUCUCGUCAGUGGUGGCCCUAGGUGCGAGUAUAAUCUGUAACAAGAUCCCAGGUUUGGCCCCCAGACAACGGAUUAUCUGCCAGAGUCGCCCCGAUGCCAUUAUCGUCAUCGGAGAAGGAGCCCAAAUGGGCAUCAACGAGUGUCAGUUUCAGUUCAAAAACGGGCGCUGGAACUGCUCCGCGCUUGGAGAGAGGACCGUCUUCGGAAAAGAGUUGAAAGUGGGCAGCAAAGAGGCUGCGUUCACCUACGCCAUCAUUGCCGCGGGAGUGGCCCAUGCCAUUACAGCCGCCUGUACACAGGGUAACCUGAGUGACUGUAGCUGUGACAAGGAGAAGCAGGGUUUCUACAGUAAAGACCAAGGAUGGAAAUGGGGAGGCUGCUCGGCAGAUAUCAAAUACGGCCUGGGCUUCUCCAAAGUUUUUAUUGAUGCUCGGGAGGUCAAGCAGAAUGCAAGGACGCUCAUGAACCUCCAUAAUAACGAGGUGGGACGCAAGGUUCUGGAGAAGAACAUGCGACUGGAAUGCAAGUGUCACGGUGUCUCAGGCUCCUGCACAACCAAAACCUGCUGGACUACACUUCCCAAGUUCCGCGAGCUUGGCUACAUUCUCAAGGAGAAAUAUGCCCAUGCGGUGCACGUGGAACCAGUCAAAGCUAGCCGCAACAAGCGUCCUAAAUUCCUAAAAAUCAAGAAACCUUAUUCUUAUCGGAAGCCCCUGGAUACAGACCUAGUGUACAUAGACAAGUCGCCAAACUACUGUGAGGCGGAUCCUGUGACGGGGAGCCUGGGGACACAGGGUAGGGUGUGCAACAAGACAAUGAUGCAGCACAUCAGCGGCUGUGACCUGAUGUGCUGUGGUCGGGGAUACAACACACACCAGUACUCCCGCGUCUGGCAGUGCAACUGCAAGUUCCUGUGGUGCUGCUACGUUAAAUGUAACACCUGCAGCGAAAGGACAGAGGUGUACACAUGCAAAUGAGAAUAUUUAUUAGAUGGUAUGUCUGUGUGCGUGAGAGAUGAUGUAUGUGAGUGGUGCUGUUUUUGUGUGUUUUCAUGGACACAUUUUACAAAAAAAGGGCUGCUUUUGGAGUCUUUUCAUAUAUAAUGAGAAACUACCGCGCUGCGUAAGCAGGAAGCUGAAGAUGGGGCGUCAUGGUUCUUUUGCACACAAAGCUCUUCGGCCCCUCCCUUUUUUAUUUGGACGUUCUGUUGGGAUACAGUCUGAAAGCAGCGUUAUAAAACACUGUCAUGGGAAAAAUUGUAGCCUGGCCCCUGCGACUGGGUGACCACAGUGUGAGUCACUGAAGCGAAGUGUCAGGACUUUAAGCUAUUUGGACGUCUACUGACUUUUUCACUGUUUGGACUUUGCUAAUUCAGUUGAAUUAUGGUGGAUGUGAUGCUCGGCAGGACACACUGCUGACGUUCUCACCUCCCUGUGCACAGAUAAAACGACACAGCCAUUUGGAAUAUUUAACAUACUGUAUUUAGAGAAUGAGAAUUAUUAAUAUUAAUUUAUUCUAUAAAGAACUACUGAUUUGGUCCAUUGUGGAUCUAAAAUAACUAAAUGUCAUAAGGUUAUAGGUUAUUAAAGCAAUCAAACAUAUCCAUGGUUAAAGAUCUGCCUGGAAAAAUAUGUCACAUUGUAGAAUUAUGUUUUUCCAGAGGGAACUACUGUAGGCUAUUGAAUUUGACCUUACUGCCUUUUCAUGAGGUUGCCUUCCCUCUGUUUGCUGCUAGUCUAGAAAAUCCCACUUGUUGAGGCAGAAGGCUAAAUGCUAUAAACUGACUCUUUAGUGGCAAGAUUCACUUCAAGCUGAUGUAACUGGAAUAAAAACACUGGCAAAUUUUCCACAUUUGGUAAAUAUUGGUUAAAGAGUAUAUAUUUGUAAAAGCCUAUUUUUAUAUGAAUGUUUUAUUUAUAUCUUUUAUUUGCAUAUUCAGUUUCAUGCGUGCACCCUGUUUUUAAACCCUGGUGAAAACAAAAGGAAAAGAAAAAAGCUGAUAUACGUAAGUUGGCCCAAGCUGUCACUGCCAUUGCUGUAUAUUUUAAAGGAUAGAAACUGUUAAUGUGUGUCUGUGUUCAAACGUCUGUGUUUACUGCGUUUCAUGACUACUACUGAUGGAAUACAGGAACAGAAUAACACUAACAACAUUUUUCGUUAUUGCCUCCUCACACAUCACCUAUCACUCUGGCCAUAACAAAAAAAUAAAUCAAUGAAUGAAAAAAAGGAAAUUUGCAAAUACCACAAAGAAAAAACCUGUGGGGAAUGUUGCAAUGCCAAUAAAUGAAAGAAAGGAAGGACAUCAUAAUAAUUUUCUCAUAAACCAAUGAAUUGAUUAACUCAUGGAAUCAAUAUAUUUACUUUAAAGCAAACACAAAAAAGAAAUCUUGCAGCAUAUGUUUGUUUGCACCUUUGUAUAGCACUUUGAGGCACCAUAAGUUAAAGAUAAAUGCUGCUCAAUAUCAUGUGGUCACCAUGGAGAUAAAUCAGCUCUCAGAGGACAAGCACAAUGUGUGCAAUACUUGGCCAAAAGAGAGAUGUUCUUUCAGAGGGGAAAGUUAUUCAGCCUUAAUUGAGGGCCCAUCUUGCAGACUGGGAAGCAGUUGAAUGUGUGUGAGGAGAAAAGUGUUUGUGCUCUAAUGGUAGGGUACCGUUGUAAUUGAUGAGGCUGGAUGGGCAGACGUGUCACUGUGAUGACUUGCUCAGUUUGGGGGAGUGGGAGCUGUCAGGUGAUAGAUGACUUGCACAUCUGCUUCAUUCACUCCUGGGCCACUAGUUGCUACAACAACUACAGAGCAGCAGAGAAAAUGCAGGGCGGUCUCCAAGAGAGGCCGGCCGACGUGUCAGGGAAAUGUUAACGACGCUAAAGCCCACAGUCGUUACAGAUUCCACUCUCAUCGGCCUGAAAGUGGAGUGAGGAGACAGGGCCCAAAGGUGUUGAUGGAAAACCUGCUCCCAAUAAUCUCCUCGGACUAACAAAUGUAGCUUGUGAAGUUUUCACCUGUGCUGGAUUUUCGAACAUUUUCCCAGUAAAAACACGCCUUCUUUGUGAAAAAGCUGAGAAACAGAGCUGAGAAUUUGGGUUUAACUUACAGUAGAUAAGCCAUAUCGUGUAUCAGUGUCACUGAUAAUCUACCCAGAAAAGAGGGAAAAGGGCGUGAAGGGAUAAUAACAGUGGCUUGUCUCUGUCUGACAAAAGCUUUCAGCUUUCAUAAUAUUGAUACAAAAGACUUGUAUAAGAAAAGGCAGCUGCUCAAAAAGCUCUGGUUAAUACUAAACUAGGGUUUUGUGUGCAGGACUGGCACCACAUUUUCUCACUGACACCACACUUGCAUAUUAAGAGUCCUUUUUUUGUGUUUCCUUUUUAAUGUCACCUGUAACAUUGGAAAUCCAGAAGCUGAAUCCCAACUUUGUGUGAAUAGUUUGA